AUGGUGCAGAUCCGCCUCCGAGAGCAUGUGGAGAGAAUGGCCGUCCCUUUUCCUAUUCUACUAUCUCAGGAAUCUGCAGAAUAUAUUGUUUCUGAACUUAGACGAACAGAUCUCCCCCAGUUGCAUGAAAACAGAGAACAAUAUUUCAGUGAUAAGGAUCAUCAUGAUUACGCCUAUCCCAAGGAGAUGAGCGAGCAACUGGUUCAAAGCCCCGAGGUGGUCGCCCCUGGGCCACUAGAGAGGGCAGGGAUCCACAGAAACAGUCCCGAAACCGAGCAGCCGCAGAACUUCCAGUCCCAAGUCCCGCCUCAGCUGGCUAAAGUGGGCACAGCUCUCUCAGGCGACAUCCAGCCUUGGCCUCUCGACGAAGGGCCACCCCACGAGACCGAGCGCGCCAAAAUUGGGAUCGGCAAAGUCGCCUCCGCCCAAGGCAAUCCCCCAACCGGCAAAGACCCCGCCGAUCUUUGUACGCUCAAGAAUGCCCCCUGUGCAGGGAACGCCGCGCCAGCUAACAUUGUCCCCUGCAAAAUCGCCCCCUUGCAGAGCGCCGUUGGGCCGGCUAAUCAAAGUCUUGGUAAGAGCCUGGUGGAGCCAAACAAUACCAAUACAGGCUGGGUGAACAUGAGCCAUAGCACCGUGGUGUUGGGUACAGAUGGAAUCGCAUCUGUUCGGCCUGGCAGCGUCACUGAGGAGGACGAGGAAGGAGAUGAAAAUAAAGCCCGGGGCAAUUGGUCUAGCAAGAUGGACUUCAUCCUCUCCAUGGUGGGUUAUGCAGUAGGGCUGGGCAAUGUCUGGAGGUUCCCGUACCUGGCCUUUAAGAAUGGGGGAGGUGCAUUUCUUAUUCCCUAUUUGACAAUGUUGGCUCUGGCUGGAAUCCCUAUCUUUUUAUUGGAAGUUUCUCUGGGACAAUUUGCUAGUCAGGGACCUGUAUCUGUCUGGAAAGCCAUCCCUGCCUUUCAAGGUUGUGGCAUUGCAAUGCUGAUUAUCUCUGUCCUAAUAGCCAUAUAUUAUAAUAUUAUAUUGUGCUAUACACUUUUCUACCUUUUUGCAUCCCUUUCACCUGUGUUACCUUGGGCUUCCUGUAAUAAUCCCUGGAAUACACCUGAUUGUAGAGAUAAAAACAAACUUUUGUUAGAUUCCUGUAUCAUUGGUGAUCAUCCCACGUUGCAAAUAAAGAACUCUACUUCCUGUAUGAGUGCCUAUCCAAACUUGACAAUGGUCAAUUAUACCAGCCAUGUCAGCAACAAGACUUUUGUCAGUGGCAGUGAAGAAUAUUUCAAGUAA